AUGCAGUCCAAGCCACAGAGAAGUUGUAGAACCGUCGAGACGAUUCCCAUAAAGAAGAAGAAGAAGAAGAAGAAGAAGAAGAAGAAGAAGAAGAAGAAGAAGAAGAAGAAGAAGAAGAAGAAGAAGAAGAAGAAGAAGAAGAAGAAGAAGAAGAAGAAGAAGAAGAAGAAGAAGAAGAAGAAGAAGAAGAAGAAGAAGAAGAAGAAGAAGAAGAAGAAGAAGAAGAAGAAGAAGAAGAAGAAGAAGAAGAAGAAGAAGAAGAAGAAGAAGAAGAAGAAGCUGUCGUCGAACGCUAGAAGCACGUCCGAACUCCGAAGGUGA